AUGAGCCUUAGGGACUAUACCUUGGCUAUAUUCGAGGCAACUGGGAAUUCUUUUACCAUCGGGUGUUCCAUGGCACUUGCCAGCAACAUGUUUAGGAGAGAAGGCGAGCACUCUUAUUCCAGACAGCCAUUGAGGAGUGGGGGAGAGUUAGCGAAGCACACCAUGAUCUAUUCAUUUCUUUAUUAUGGGCUGAGUGGAGUAGGGGCCUCCAGAUGGAUAAGGCUUCUGGGGCCAUCGUUCGUUGCAUCCUUGGUAUGUGGCAUGAGGAAUGGAAGAGGCUUUGCGAUCAGAAGCGGAAUCGACGGGAUGAUGAGCUCCCUUGUGCAGGAAGUCAUUAGCAAAAUAAAAGGAAGUUAA